AUGACCCGUCUAGUUGGACGACCCUUGAACUGGGCCAUUACGGCCACUGCUGGCUCUGGGUUCUUGCUCUUCGGAUAUGAUCAAGGCGUUAUGUCAGGACUUCUUACAGGAGAUGCCUUUACGAGAAAUUUCCCAACCAUCGAUAUAACACGCGGCGGAAGCUCAACUAUCCAAGGAACGGUUGUGGCUAUCUACGAAAUCGGUUGCUUUUUUGGCGCUCUCUUUUGCAUGGUUUUUGGGGAGCACCUCGGUAGGAGAAAGUGUAUUGCACUUGGCUGCAUUGUCUUGAGUAUUGGCGCUGCUUUGCAAGCCUCUUCUUACAGCCUCGCGCAGCUGAUUGUCGGCCGAGUUGUGGCUGGUCUCGGAAAUGGCAUGAAUACCAGUACUAUCCCCGUGUGGCAUUCCGAGUUGAUGAGCGCACAUAACCGAGGAAAAGGUCUCUGUAUUGAACUUGCGAUCAAUAUCUUCGGAGUUGCCCUUUCUUACUGGGUUGAUUACGGCAUGAGUUUUGUCAAAAACGAGUCUCAGUUCCGAUUCCCAUUGGCUUUCCAAAUCUUCUUUGCCCUUUUGACUCUUGGUGGCAUUGUUAUGCACAUCAUCUGGGCGGUUCACUCGGGUGCCAAACUAUUAGAUAUCGAUAGCCCGAAAGUGUCUCAUGAUCUACACGAAAUCCAGCGCGCCAUUAUCGAAGAACGUGAAGCAGCCUCUGCAGGAACCUACCGAGCGCUGUUGACGAACGGACAGCAAAGGUUUUUCUACAGAACAAUGCUAGGUAUUGGUGGCCAGUUCAUGCAGCAAUUAUCUGGAAUCAAUCUCAUCACCUAUUACGCCCCUGUCAUCUUCCAAACGUCCGUUGGCAUGUCUCACAACACCUCUCUUCUGCUGGCUGGCUUCAACGGAAUUGCUUACUGGAUCUCCUCAUUGAUCCCUAUCUGGAUAAUUGAUAGACUUGGUCGUAGAAAGCUGAUGCUCUUCGCCGCUGCUGGUCAAUGUGCUUGUAUGGCCAUUCUUGCAGGAACGGUCCAUGAUGGUGGAAAAGCUGCUGGUAUUGUCGCCAUUAUCAUGCUUUUCUUGUUCAACUUCUUCUUCGCUGUUGGGCUUUUAGCUAUUCCCUGGCUAUUACCUGCCGAAUACGCACCCCUUGCUAUUCGUACGCGCGCUGCCUCUUUGGCCACAGCCUCCAACUGGAUUUUUACGUUCCUAGUCGUCGAAAUCACACCUGUCAGCAUCAAUAGCAUCGGUUACAAGACUUAUGUCUAUUUCUGUAUAUUCAACUUCUGCUUCCUUCCUCUCAUCUACUUCUUCUACCCGGAAACCAGAAACUUGUCCCUGGAGGAUAUUGAUACAUUGUUCACUGGAGAGAACAUUAUUUUCCAUGCGAAGCCCGGAGUUGGCAUGGGAAAUGCGCCCGAAAAGUCUACCGGCGAAGCUGUUUUUGAUAAGGAUAAAAAUGUUGUGCAGCUUGAGAAGGUCUAA